AUGGCCUACAGCACGGGGAAUGGCGCUCCGUCGCCCAGAUCGUUCGCCGCUCAGAAUCAGCGCCCCAAGGACAGCUUCGUCGGCUGUUCCAAGAUUUCUGACUAUGAGCUCAAGGGCAAGCUGGGCGAAGGUACCUUUGGUGAGGUUCACAAGGCGCGAUCGCGACAGAACGGUACCCUGGUCGCCCUCAAGAAGAUCAUCAUGCACAACGAGAAAGAUGGGUUCCCCAUCACGGCGCUGAGAGAGAUCAAGCUUCUCAAGCUGCUUUCCCACCCCAACGUUCUUCGAUUGGUCGACAUGGCUGUUGAGCAUCACGCGAAAGCUACCGACAAGCGCAAGCGCCCCAUCAUGUACAUGGCCACCCCCUACAUGGAUCACGAUCUUUCUGGCCUGCUCGACAAUCCAUCCAUUACAUUUACCGUUCCGCAGAUCAAGUGCUACCUCAAGCAGCUGCUUCAGGGCCUGCAGUACCUCCACGAAAACCAUAUUCUGCACCGAGACAUGAAGGCAGCCAACUUGCUGAUCGACAACCGUGGCAUUCUACAGAUUGCCGACUUCGGUCUCGCACGACACUACGAUGGCCCUGUGCCUCUGCCUGGCGGAGGAGGUGGCGAGGGUAAGAGGGACUACACAGCACUUGUCGUCACCAGAUGGUACCGCCCGCCGGAGCUGUUGAUGCACCUCCGACGAUACACCACUGCUAUUGACAUGUGGGGAGUCGGCUGUGUAUUCGGAGAAAUGUUGGUCGGAAAGCCAAUUCUCUCAGGCGAAAGUGACGCGCAUCAACUCGACAUCAUCUUUGACCUUGUUGGUACACCCACAGAUCAGACGAUGCCCGGAUGGAGACAGCUGUCUGGAGCCGAAGGGCUGAACCCCAGGGCCAGAACCGGCAACCUGCAGCAUCGCUUUCGCGAGCACGGAGGCCAGGCCAUAUCCUUACUCAAGGAGCUUUUGAAGUUGGAUUGGCGUACUCGAGUGAACGCCAUUGAUGCCUUGGAGCAUGCCUACUUCAAGAGCUCGCCAUAUCCCGCUCGGCCAGAGGACAUUCCACACUUUGAAAGCAGUCAUGAACUUGAUCGUAGGAAGUUCCACGAGCGAAGAGCUGCCCUUCCACCGGCACCCAAGGGCGGCUCGGUCGGUGCUGGUGCAUUCGAAGGAGGACCGCAGGGCUUCAGUAAUGGCGACGGGUACGGUAACUCUCGCAUGAACGGAAGAUACCCCAACCAGCACGGUCACCGCAACGGCGGCCACGAGGCUAGGAGGCCAGCCUGGAACAGGGAUCGCGACCACGAACCACGAGCACCGCCUCCUGAUACGCGACUGCCGCCUAGACCGCCGCCGCCUGCAAACGGAUACGAUGACUUUCCAGACUACAGAGAUCGUGAUCGUCCCCCGAGAAACCGUGGAGCCGGCGGAGGGGUUGGCGGCCCAGUUGGUGUUCCCGCCGGCGGCAACGUCGACACGUACAUUCCCGCCUAUAAUCCGGGCGCCGCUGGAUACCGAUCCAGGGAGGAUCGGCCGCCUCGUGAAGACCGACGAAGACGCGAUGAUCAAGCCGGGCCAGCAGAACGCGCAGUAGAAGUCGUUCGCCAGUCCGCGACCGUGGCGACCGUGACAUGUACCGUCGAUAGGACGAUGGUCAACCAACGGAAACCAGCCGAAGGCACGGGCAUCCAGGGUCAAGCCAGGGUCAGUCUCCGCCACCGCCGCCACCGUGGCAACCUCGGAGACCGCACCGCUCUGGCCUUGAUCAGUCCUCCGAAUAUCGCGGCAGCACCCGGUCCUCUGCUGAGCACAAACGGUAUGCUUCGAUCAGCAACGGAAGCUCGCGGCGACCCCGGGAAUCGACCGAUCGCAGUUCACGGCCGAAACCCUGGCAGAUGUCUUAGGAUCCAGAUAGCAGGGGCGCAGCCGCGAAUAACACCACGGAAGAAAGCGCCAAGCAAGAACUACCUAGACACUUCAGCAAAACCAUCAUGCGACGUGGCAGCCGUAGCAGGAAACGUGGCGCGAGAGGACCUGCUACUGAUCUGGCACGCAAUCAACGACAAUAUCGUGACACUCCAGAACCGGAAGAAGCCCUCGAGGACUUGUCCUACUGAAAGAGCCUGA